AUGCAAAAACUCAUACCAGAAGAAAGUGAUCCUGAGUAUCAGAACUUCCUUCUUAAUCCUGAAGAUUAUUUUCUGUCAUCUUUGUCCACUGAAUCUGACAUCGUCAAAGCAAUGCCAGCAGUUCAGAAUGUCAUGGCAAUCCUGUCUCAUGAUGAAGAGUACAUUCAUCAGUUGAAAAUUUUUCACAGUGCGGCUUCAUUCAAUGAUCCUGGAGUUCUCAAGUUGCUAGAGAGAUUCUCUGCUGAACUGGACGAUAUAGAAAAGAUCAUAAGCCAAAGGAAUAAGGAUACAACUUUCAAAAACCGAAAUGGUGCUGGCAUUCCUCCAUAG